GGGCGCAUCUCAGCGGGCCGGCUGGGCUCCAGGAAGACGGCAGUAAAGCAACUAUCCCGAUAGAUUUUCUUACAGAUUAACCUACCAUGGCCGACCAGAGACAGCGCUCACUCUCUACCUCUGGGGAAUCAUUGUACCAUGUUCUGGGGCUGGACAAGAACGCAACCUCAGAUGACAUUAAAAAGUCCUAUCGGAAACUUGCCUUGAAAUAUCACCCCGACAAGAACCCCGAUAACCCAGAGGCUGCAGACAAGUUUAAGGAGAUCAACAACGCCCAUGCCAUCCUGACGGACGCCACAAAAAGAAACAUCUACGACAAGUACGGCUCGCUGGGGCUCUACGUGGCUGAGCAGUUUGGGGAGGAGAACGUGAACACCUACUUCGUGCUCUCCAGUUGGUGGGCCAAGCUGCUGUUCGUGGUGUGUGGGGCGCUCACCUGCUGCUACUGCUGCUGCUGCCUGUGCUGCUGCUUCAACUGCUGCUGCGGCCGCUGCAAGCCCCGGGCGCCUGCGGGCGACGACGCCGACUUCUACGUGUCCCCUGAGGACCUGGAGGCGCAGCUGCAGUCGGACGAGCGGGAGGCCACAGACACGCCCGUCGUCGUACAGCCCGCGUCGGCCACGGAGACCACCCAGCUCACGGCCGACUCCCACCCCAGCUACCACACCGACGGCUUCAACUAGGCCCAGGAGUGGCCGCGGUAGAGGCUAGCCCGGCCACUUCACCCCUAGAGUCACGGACCGUAGUCACAGAGAUGGGGAGCGCGCAGCCGCCGGCCCGCCGGGGCCCUGCCCACCUCUGUGCCCGCCCGCCUGUCGCCCCCACCACGUGAAGUGCGUCGCAUGCAGUAUUCAAAGCAGUUUAGCUACGGUC